AUGGACGAUAACGAACUAGAGAAACUAUAUACUCGGCAAGUGCAAGAAGAGCUUUUGCAACAAACACGACAGGCCGUCACUCGCCUCAUUGAAUUGUACCCUCAUGAAUUUGGCCUUGAAAACCUCAUUCUGGCUGAUUCUCGAUAUUUAUCGACAGUGCCCGAGAAACUAGCACAGCUGUACCAGGAGCAUUGGGCAUUAAUAUGGCGACAGCAAUUAUCAUACAAGAUGCUCGCUGAAAAGUACGGACGGGACAAUGUCAUUGCGUCGACACAUCCACGAGCACAAAAGGCAGCAUCGCAGAUUUAUGUGGACGAGUUGGAUCAAUAUAUGCAAUGGUUUCCAUGGUCGUGGUUCUCGAAUAUGCAAUUUAUCGGGGCGGGCGGCUUCUCCGCUGUGUAUGCGGCGGUGAUUACCCAGCCGUACGACUUGCAGCCCAUGAAAAUUGCCUUAAAAAUCGUCGACGACAAGAUUUUGAACGAGAUUGCGGUCCAGUCCAAAGCAUUUCUACCAUUGCUGUUCCAGGGGCUCACUGUAUGCGAAAGCACGGGCGAUCUUAUGAUGGUGAUGAAAGUGAGCAACGACGGCAACCUAGAAGAUCACAUGAAGCUGCUUCCACUAGGCGACUUGGAUUUAAAGACGAUUACGGGUACGAUUUUACGGCUAGCAGCGAAUUUAGCCGAUUUGCACAAGGUGGGCAUGUGCCAUCGCAACGUGCAUCCGCGAAAUAUAGUAUGCACAGACAGCGAUUAUUUCUUGGUGGAUUACCGCUUUUCGACGCCAUCGAAAGAAUCAUCGUCGGUGACAGCACUGACGAAGGCGGUCUAUGGACGACUGCCGUACAUUGCGCCUGAGGUGCGGCAAGGGAUCUACACGGAAAAGUCCGACAUCUACAGCUUGGGGGUUAUCAUUUGGCAGCUGGUCAGCAAAGUGAUCUUCCCUUCGCCCGACGUAUUACUGGACGGCUCGAGCAACAACACGCCGACGGCAGCAGGGGGGAACAGCAACGAGGACAACGUAUAUCGAGUGGAUACAGUGCCAGGCUUGCCGGAGUGGUAUCAGAAAUUAUACGUGGCCUGCUUGGAGCCACGACCCGAAAACCGGCCGGAUGCGAACGAAAUCUGCCAGGCGCUCCAGCCCAUCCAUGAGAAUCUCGAAUACUCGGUCCCACUCGAUCCCAGGGUCACGGAAUACAUUGUGGCACGACGCGCAGAAGUGGCCGAUCAUCUCCGGACAUUCUCCAAAGUCAAAGGCAUCGUCUCCGCAUCCACAACUCGUCUCUAUACCCUGACCAAUCUUCCGACCACCCUGCAUUUCUUCUCGCUGCCUUUUACUAACGUGCGCUUCCAGGUCUCUUGGCCGCCCGUCGUCACUGCCUCCGUUACUCCUGCUAGUAGCGGCAGUGCCACCAACAGCAACAAUAACCAUGCUGGUCCUGCUGCUACUGUUGCCACCACCACUACUGCUGCAUCCACCAUCACUACUGCAUCAUCAUCAUCUCCCCAUUCUUCCACUUCGCCCAAUCAUCAUCAUCAUAUCAAUCAUGGAGCUCUCACUUCUUCACCCUCCCCUUCUCCACCUGCAUCUCCUUCUCUGUCUGAUUUCAUCACCGAUAUAAGUACUCCCAAUGCUUCUCAACCGCCUUGUCUUUAAUCAUUUUUUAAUUUAUGCCCACGCUUCUAUAAUUUAAAUGCAUGUUCGACCUCUCCUUUCUCUCCAAUGAUUUUAUUUGACCAAUUCAAACAGCUCAAUACUUUUGUAUGUAAACAAUAGCAAUUGCAAAGAAGUAAAAUUGUAUAAUAAUAAAGAAAAUUUCUUUUCGACAAU